UAAGCGCGUCCAUGUCGAGCAGCUGGGAGCAGGAGGCUGUGGAAGUAGAACCUCCCUCCUCGUCCGCAUCUCAUUAAGCGAGUCCCGCUGUAGGUGAAGCUGCCUCGCGCUGCCAUUCGGAAGCAGGUGUCCAACAUGGCGAACGCUCGCAGCGGCUCUCUGGCGACUAUUCUCUUUCUCUUCGCGUUUCCAGCGGCUCUUCACAAAGGAGCUGCACAGGAACCAGUGGUGAGUCAGAACCUGGUGACGGACGACGUGGCUGUGGUGGAGGGAGAGACGGCGAUCAUCAGCUGUCGGGUGAAGAACAACGAUGACUCCGUUAUCCAGCUGCUCAACCCCAACAGACAGACCAUUUACUUCAGAGAUAUGAGACCUCUGAAAGACGCGCGCUUUCAGCUGGUGAACUUCUCAGACAACGAGCUGCGGGUGUCGCUGUCUAACGUCUCGCUGUCAGACGAGGGUCGAUAUGUUUGCCAGCUCUACACAGACCCCCCGCAGGAAGCCUACGCCGACAUCACAGUGCUAAUUCCUCCCGGUAACCCCGUCAUUGAGGCCAAGGAUGAGGUGCUGAGCGAGGGCAACGAGACGGAGAUGACCUGCACCGCCAUGAGCAGCAAGCCUGCAGCCUCCAUCAGAUGGAUGAAGGGAGAUAAGGAGCUGAAAGGCAAACCCAAAGUGGAGCUGAGCUACGAUAAGAUGUACACCGUGACGAGCCGGGUGACGUUCGGCGUCAGUAAGGAGGACGACGGCGUCCCGGUCAUCUGCAUCGUGGACCAUCCCGCGGUCAAGGACUUCCUGGCGCGCAAAUUCCUGGACGUGCAAUACAAACCAGAGGUGAAGAUCGUGGUGGAAUUUCCUCAGGGUUUGACAAGAGAAGGAGAAAACCUGGAGCUGACGUGUCAAGCCAAAGGCAAACCCCAGCCACAGCGGGUCAACUGGCUGAAGGUGGAUGACGACGUCCCGUCCCACGCGGUCAUCACCGGCGGCGAUCUCUACAUCGAGAACCUGAACAAGUCGUACAACGGGACGUACCGGUGUGUGGCUUCCAACCAGCUGGGCGAGUCCUUCGACGACUACGUCCUCUAUGUCUACGAUGCUCCCACCACCACCCCUAAACCCACCACAGCCACCAUCACUACCACCUCCACCAUCACCACCUCCACCCCGAACCCUGCAGCCAGUCAAGACACUGUGCCCAGCGCUGAACCUGCAGCUCAUGACUCUCGAGCUGGAGAAGGAGCACCGAGGACGGUGGACCACGCCGUCAUCGGAGGAGUGGUGGCCGUGGUCGUCUUCGCCAUGCUCUGCCUGCUCAUCGUCUUGGGACGCUACUUUGCAAGACACAAAGGUACCUACUUCACGCACGAAGCCAAAGGUGCAGACGACGCGGCGGACGCAGACACAGCCAUCAUCAAUGCAGAGGGCGGCCACACCAACUCGGACGAAAAGAAGGAGUAUUACAUCUAACCCGAACUGGGGGGAACCCCGCCCUCGCUCGGGUGUCGUCGCCGGCACGCCGAGCCGCUUUCCCGGGGAUGGGGCUGGGGGGGUUUUUGACGGAUUCGGAUCGCUUUUUGGUGAAAGGGAAGGAGGAGGGAUUUUGAAGGAAAAGCCUGGUUUUACGCCGUCGUUUAGUCUAGUCUGCAGAUGUAGAUGGAAUGUUAUUUGUGUUUAAGAUAAAAAAGACAAAAUAUUAAAAAAAAGAUAAAAGCGAG